GGGACCUCAACUGCAACACAGCCAGCAGAGGAGCAAGAUAUAACCUCAUCAAUUGAAAGGUACAAGAAAUCAGUCAAGUCCUCAUAUGAGAUGGUGAUGGAAUAUACCUCUAGAACAGGGGAGAGUGUGUAUCUGUCUGAUCGUUACACAAAGCCACUAAUGGUCGAGUGUCACAGGGAGCCUGGAGAAAGAGAGAAGGAGAUGCGUGCCAGAGGAGAACAACACCAAGAGGUCUUGAACAGUGUGGCAAACAGAAGAAUUACUGUUAAGGAGUUCUUCAAACCUAAUGCUGCAGGAAGUGUUCCUCAAGCAGUCAUUCUCCAGGGCAACUCUGGAUGUGGCAAAACCUUCACUGCUCAGAAGAUUAUGUUGGACUGGGUCUCUGGGACCUUGUUCCAGGACUCAUUUGACCUGGUGCUUCACCUUAAAUGCAAAGAGAUCAAUGAAAUCUCAGAAGAAAGCAGCCUCAUGGAUCUACUCAACUAUAGCCCCGACUUCACCAAUGAAACUGCAGAGGUGCUAAGGGACCCAAAAGUGAAAGUGCUCGUUCUAGUUGAUGGCUUUGAUGAGCUCAAGUUCUUGCUUGAGGAUGAUAAGAGUCCACCCCCUAAAGACCCUUUCAAGAAAGCUCCUGUCCAGGCCACCCUGAAGGCUCUGCUCAAAGGCCAUAUCUUGCCAGAGUACAGACUGCUUCUCACAACCAGGUCCACUGCUACAGACAAGCUCAGUCGUCUGGUCAGUGCUUCUCAACGCUUUGUUGACAUCUUGGGCUUCAAUGAAGAGGCAGUGAAAGAGUACUUCCGCAAGUUUUUCAAGCAAGAUGCUGUGUUUCAGGGUGUGAAAAGCAACGAGACCUUGUACACUGCCUGCUUUAUUCCUGUCAUCUGUUGGGUCAUCUGCUCUGUUUUGCGGGACAAUAUAAAGGAAGAUGCAUCGAUCUCUACAGAGCUGGAAACAACCACGUCCAUCUUUGCCUACUUUGUGUCAACUCUGCUUGAAAAUCAUAGUUGGGAUUCGAGUCUAUCUGUGUCCACACUGCUGAGCAGUCUAGGCAAGCUGGCAGAAAAGGGGAUGCAAGAGCAGCAAGUCCUGUUUUCAAAGGAGGAUGUGUUAAGGGUAGUUUCAGAUCCAAACAAAGUGCCAUUUUUGCGUAAAUUCCUUGUGAAAAAGAAAGUCAAACAAGAGGAGAUGUUCAGUUUCAUGCAUCUGAGCUUCCAGGAGUUCUUCACUGCGCUCCACUACAUCGUAGACCAGGAUGGAGAGAAACUCAAAAGGCUGCUUGACUCCUACACUGAAGAAGGUUGGCAAUCACACCGCCGGCCUGUCAUUCAGUUUCUGUUUGGCCUUGUAAAUACGGAGCUGAUUGAAAACCUGGAUGACCUUCAGUUGACACCUUACAUCUCUUCCAUUAGAAGUCACCUGGAAGAGUGGAUUAAGAAAAUAAUUCAACAUGUGAAAAACAAUGGAGAUGGGCCAUUAUUCAUUCUCAACUGCCUCUAUGAGCUCCAUGAAGAGGAUUUUGUUCGGAAAGCCAUGGAUGAGUUCGGCUCACUGUCCUUUAAAUACACUUCCCUGACAAGGAUGGACUGCUGGGUGCUCUGCUACUGCCUGCUGUGCUGCUCCACCUUCAAAAGCCUGGAGUUCAGUCACAGGUUUGGCUUGACUGAUGAGAUACUGAGGAUGCUGCAGCCUGCACUGAGCAAGUGUGAGGAGCUCAGGUGA